ACACAACAGCGGCCAUCUGAAGCUUGUUCUCCAACAUCAACUUUCCCAUGACAGGGGCGUCACAAGGCUCGCUCCCUUUUUUCUUAGGCUAAACAAUGGCUGCACGGGAUGCUCAGGCCUUACGUAUAUAGAUAUCCACGCCGCGACCCGGCCUGAUUCGUCCACGUCGUAAGUCUCCCACCACAGACCAGAUUCCCAAAGAAAGAAAAAUUCCUCUGUUCCUUGAAUAUCACUUCAUUUGCCAAGACACAAUCGCUCUCAUGGCUAUUCAAAUUGCUUCUCUUCCCUCCCCUAUCAUGUUCGCCUCGAACACUUCUCCUCGAACCCGUCAAUACUCGACCUCAUCCUCAUCCUCCUCUACCUCUAUGGCUCAACGCGACUCGAUGGACAUUGGCGAUUCUGGUGUCUUGGACAUCCAGCGUGCCCUCGACAUUGCUCGCAACACCGAAGGCGACCUCGAUCACUCCGUUGCAAAGUACCUCGAGGAACAACUUGCCGGAGUCUGGAACCGUCUCGAGUCUCGUCCUGACAGCUAUGUCCUUUCCAAGGACGAGUUUGCCAUCUUCAACUUCUUCAUUGGUCGUUACCAGGAGUCAACUGUUGCUGAGAAGGCCAUCGCUCGCUUCUGGUCCAGCUAUCAAGACAAUGGCUCUUCCUAGAUCCUGUGAGCUUUGAUACUUUCAGCGUACCUUAGCGAAACAUUACGAGUGGCAGGGUACACGAGAUGAAUCCUUGGGCUGCUUGGAAACCAAUGUGGCUUCCUUUACCGAAGAUCGUCGUGCAUGAAUGAU